AUGAAAGAAUUCUAAACUUAAAUCAUUCAUUACAUAAACCUACUAUUAUAAUUAUUUGAAUUUGGUAAUUCAAAUAAGUUAAGUACUUAAUUAAAUCCAAAAUUUUCAUAUAAAAAUUUAAUAUAUUGCUUUUUGUAAAUCUAUAAAGAAAACAACAAUUUAUGGAUUACAUAAAAAAUCUUUUGCUUAUAAAUAUACAACUAGUUAAAUCCAUCUAUUAAAAACUGUAUUGGGAUUGAUGAUAUAAAAAUACAUUAUAUAUACUUAGCUCUUUUAGAUAAACAAGAUUAGUUAAUUUUGACGAUUUAUAUUAAGGUUAUCCUAAAUGUAAAAGGGAGAUCUUUUUGA